GAAAGUAUAUCCGGAAGUAUCAUGUAGCGGUGAGGCAUUCGUGCAUCUGAGAUGGUGAUUUCACUUCUGUCAGAGACAAUCGAGCUACGCUGUGGUUGUAUGGAAGAUGCUGAAGAAACGGGAGUGGCUGCUUUCCCACACACAAGAGUGCAGUGAAGAUGACAACAUGGUGCCUGUGCUAAGCUCCAAAAAAGCAAGCGAACUGGCCGUCAAUGAAGUGGCUUGUGCCCUUCAGGCCAACCUUCAAUAUGGGCUGAGUGAGGAGGAGGUGGCUCGUCGCAGGAUCUACCACGGCUGGAACGAGUUUGACAUCAGCGAAGAGGAACCGCUGUGGAGGAAGUACAUCUCCCAGUUUAAGGAUCCGCUCAUCCUGCUGCUGCUGGCGUCGGCCGUCAUUAGCGUUCUCAUGCACCAGCUGGAUGACGCUAUUAGCAUCACUGUGGCAAUCAUCAUUGUCGUGACCGUCGCCUUUGUCCAGGAGUAUCGAUCUGAGAAGUCUCUAGAAGAGCUUGGCAAGCUGGUGCCCCCAGAAUGUCACUGUGUCAGGGAAGGUCAGCUGCAGCACAUGUUGGCCAGAGAACUGGUUCCUGGAGACACCGUCUGUCUGUCGGUGGGAGAGAGAGUCCCGGCAGACCUGCGCCUCUUUGAGGCCACCGACCUGUCUGUGGAUGAGUCCAGUCUGACGGGGGAGACGGCGCCCUGCUCCAAGUCCAUCUCCCACCAGCCGUCCGCGACUGACGGCGACAUCGCUUCUCGCAGCAACAUUGCCUUCAUGGGCACGCUGGUGCGAUGUGGAAGAGCCAAGGGAAUCGUCAUAGGAACAGGAGAGAACUCUGAGUUCGGGGAGGUGUUCAAGAUGAUGCAAGCAGAAGAAGCUCCGAAGACACCGCUGCAGAAGAGCAUGGACCUGCUCGGGAAGCAGCUGUCGCUUUAUUCCUUUGGCAUCAUUGGGGUCAUCAUGCUGGUGGGUUGGCUGCAAGGAAAGAGGAUCAUGGACAUGUUCACCAUAGGUGUCAGUCUGGCAGUGGCAGCCAUUCCCGAGGGUUUACCCAUCGUGGUGACAGUGACACUGGCGCUUGGCGUGAUGCGCAUGGUGAAGAAAAGGGCCAUCGUCAAGAAGCUCCCCAUUGUGGAGACGCUGGGAUGCUGUAACGUCAUCUGCUCGGACAAAACCGGAACGCUGACCAAGAAUGAGAUGACUGUCACGCAGAUGUUCACCUCUGAUGGGCUCCAUGCUGAGGUGACAGGUGUGGGCUACAACGGGGACGGAGAAAUUCUAGUAGACGGAGAGGUCAUCCACGGCCUUUCCCGCCCGUCACUCAGCAAGAUCGUGGAGGUCGGCUGUGUGUGUAACGACUCUGUCAUCAGAAAUGGGACUCUGCUGGGACGGCCCACAGAAGGAGCGCUCAUCGCCCUCGCCAUGAAGAUGGGGCUGGAGAGCCUGCAACAGGAGUACGUCCGCCAAGAGGAGCAUCCCUUCACCUCAGAGAAGAAGUGGAUGGCAGUGCGCUGCGUUCACCACACCCAUAGGGACGAGGUGGGGGUCUUCUUCAUGAAGGGAGCCUACGAGCAGGUGAUCCAAUUCUGCAGAUCCUACAACAGCAGAGGAACCGCACUUCCCCUUAACCAACAACAGAUGGAGCUCUACCAGCAGCAGAUCAGUUAUAUGGGCACUGCUGGCCUCCGAGUUUUGGCGUUUGCUUCCGGUCAUGAGAUGGGGAGUUUGACCUUUUUGGGGCUGGUUGGCAUCAUCGACCCCCCCAGGUCAGGGGUCAAAGAGGCUGUGGCCACGCUUAUCAGCUCUGGCGUUGCCAUCAAGAUGAUCACUGGUGACUCCCAGGAGACUGCCAUGUCCAUUGCCAGUCGACUGGGCCUCUCCUUCAAAGGAUGUCAGUCCCUGUCAGGAGAUGAAGUGGACCGCCUAGACCUGCAGCAACUCUCGCAAGUUGUUCCUCGAAUCUCUGUGUUCUACAGAGCCAGUCCCAGACAUAAGUUGAAGAUCGUCAAGUCUCUCCAGAACAUUGGCGCUGUGGUGGCCAUGACGGGCGAUGGAGUCAAUGACGCUGUGGCUCUGAAAGCGGCCGACAUCGGUGUGGCCAUGGGCAGGACGGGCACGGAUGUCUGCAAGGAGGCAGCUGACAUGAUCCUAGUGGAUGAUGACUUCCAGACCAUCAUGUCGGCCAUCGAGGAGGGGAAAGGUAUCUACAACAACAUCAAGAACUUUGUGCGAUUCCAGCUGAGCACGAGCAUCGCUGCGCUGACGCUCAUCUCCUUGGCGACACUGAUGAACUUUCCCAACCCCCUAAAUGCUAUGCAGAUCCUGUGGAUCAACAUCAUUAUGGACGGACCGCCCGCUCAGAGUUUGGGCGUAGAACCCGUGGACCGUGAUGUCAUCCGCAAGCCUCCUCGGAAUGUAAAAGAUAGCAUCAUCACGCGCAGUCUCAUUGUCAAAGUUCUGGUGUCGGCCUUCAUCAUCGUCUGCGGGACACUCUUUGUCUUCUGGAGAGAGUUGCAGGACAACGUGAUCACUCCUCGAGACACCACCAUGACCUUCACCUGCUUCGUCUUCUUUGACAUGUUCAACGCACUCAGCUCUCGCUCACAGACACGUAUGGUCCAUGAGAUGGGUCUGUGCAGCAACAGAACCUUUUGCUUUGCCGUGCUGGCGUCCAUCAUGGGUCAGCUGCUCGUCAUCUACUUCCCGCCUCUGCAGAGCAUCUUUCAGACAGAGAGCCUCAGCUUCUUUGAUCUUCUCUUCCUGGUGGCACUCACAUCGUCAGUGUGUGUGGUAUCGGAGGCCAUUAAGAAGAUGGAGAGAUGGCGAAGAGGAGAGAAAAACCUACCCACUGACUACUUCCACGAAGUAUGACGUUCUGGCUCCUCCUGCUCGGAGGA